AUGAAGUUCUCCAGCACCAUCUUGGCCUACUUCGCCGCCCAGGCUGUUGCCGGCCCCAUGGCUCCCAUUGAGGACGUCACUGCCGACAUCACCUUUGUGCCCCGCGAGCCCCGCGCCGCCCUCCGCAAGACUGGCCUCAACAUUCUUCAGUCUGACAAUGGCGCCGACCCCGCCGCCUCCCUCUACAACAAGACCACUCGCGCCGUCGAUGUCGAGGAGGACAUCGUCGGCGACCUCGUCGAGGACAUGGACGAGCUCGAGAAGCGCGCGGCCCGCAACGUCGCCUACUCCUCCAACUGGGCCGGCGCCGUCCUCAACGGCAACAACUUCAAGACCGCCCAGGCCACCAUCAAGGUGCCCAACCCGGCCAUGCCCCGCGGCGGCAAGGCCUCCACCCAGUACGCCGCCUCCGUCUGGGUCGGCAUCGACGGCAGCAGCUGCCAGCGCGCCAUCCUGCAGACCGGCAUCGACGUCUACUUCCAGAACGGCAAGGCCUCCUUCGACGCCUGGUACGAGUGGUACCCGGACUACGCCUACACUUUCCAGGGCUUCGCCAUUCGCGCCGGCGACACCCUGACCAUCACCGUCUCCGCCAGCAGCAACAAGGCUGGCUUCGUCACCAUCCAGAACCUGACGACUCGCAAGCAGAUCACGCACAACUUUGCCAACCAGCGCGCCACGCUGUGCCUGCAGAACGCCGAGUUCAUCGUCGAGGACUUCCAGUCCGGCGGCUCCCUCGUGCCCUUUGUCAACUUUGGCCAGGUCGCCUUCAGCAACGCCGUCGUCCGCAACAACAAGAACCAGGUCCAGUCCCUGGCCGGCGCCUCCAUCCUCAACAUGCGCCAGAACAACAAGGUCGUCGCCAACUGCGGUGCCAGCAGCAACCUCGUCUCUUGCAAGUACACCGGCUAG